AUGAGUGUUUUACGAGUGAAACAUCAGCGCUACAUUACCGCAUUCCUGAGCUCCACUAUCAUCUUGUUACUUCUGUGCUUUCAAAACUCUCUGUUGGUUUUCAACUAUGGUUCUUAUGGUUUUCUAUCUGAGAGCUCUCCAUGUGCUUGCCAUAUCUGUGUGGCAGACAGAGGAAAUAGUAACUGGUUCAGUGAGCGAUAUGACCCCAACGUACCAAUUCUUCUCAACAGCAACAACAGUGUAUUGAGUGCAAAUGUCUCCAGGUGGUGGAAGGAGCUACAAUCAAAUGCCGGCAACUACACAGAGGUGAUGGAUCAGUUGUUUUCUCUCUUCCCUGAUGAAGAGCACUACUCAGAUACCGGUCCAGAUCGCUGCAGAACCUGUGCUGUGGUGGGCAACUCUGGGAACCUGCUGGGAUCCAAUUACGGGCCUCUCAUAGAUUUCCAUGACUUUGUCAUAAGGAUGAAUAAAGGCCAGACAGAAGGUUAUGAGAAGGAUGUAGGGUCAAAGACAACUCACCGGAUUGUGUAUCCCGAGAGUGCCAUGGACUUAGACAACUCCACCCAUCUAGUACUUCUUCCAUUUAAGAUUCUGGACAUUCAGUGGCUCAUCAGUGCCUUCACCACUAGACACAUCACACAAACAUAUGUACAAGUGCCGUCUACAAUCAAAGCAAACAAGGAUAAGGUGAUGAUCCUCCACCCAGAAUUCAUUAGAUAUGUCUAUGAUAACUGGGCAGAAAGGCAUGGCAGAUACCCAUCCACUGGUUUCUUAACACUGAUAUUCGCUCUUCACAUCUGUGAUGAGGUGAAUGUGUUUGGGUUUGGAGCUACGAGUGAUGGAAUCUGGCAUCAUUAUUUUGAUAAAACACUGACUUCAUAUGAGAUUGGCGUUCAUGCUGGAAAAUUUGAAAAUGAAACACUGAAUCGGCUCCAACAGGAAAACAAGAUUUUGAUUCACAUGGGUUGGACAUGAAGCAGAAACACUCUCUAGUGCACAAUAUCACAUUGCAUUGCAGUACUGAAUAUUAUGUUUUCUUGAUUUGUGCAGCAAAGACUUUCAGUUGAGAUU